AAGUGGAGGGAGGGGGUGAAAAUGGCGCCCAGCUCGAAAUCGGAGCGGAACAGCGGGGCCGGGAGCGCCGGCGGCGGCCCUGGGGGGACCGGGGGGAAGCGGGCGGUGGGGCGGCGGCGGGAACACGUUCUCAAGCAGCUGGAGCGAGUCAAGAUCAGCGGGCAGCUCUCACCUCGUCUUUUCCGGAAGCUGCCCCCCAGGGUCUGCGUGUCCCUCAAGAACAUCGUAGAUGAGGAUUUUCUCUAUGCAGGCCAUAUCUUCCUGGGAUUUUCCAAGUGUGGCCGCUAUGUCCUCUCCUACACCAGCAGCAGUGGGGAUGACGACUUCUCAUUCUACAUAUAUCACCUCUACUGGUGGGAGUUCAACGUCCACAGCAAGCUCAAGCUGGUAGGACCAGGCCUUCUCUCUGAGCAGGCCUGCGCUGGGCUGACCCUUCAGACAGCGUGGACGCGGCCGCUCCUGUAUCAUUCAGCCUGUGUCCUGUGUGUCCGGCAGGUGCGGCUCUUCCAGGAUGAGGAGAUCUACAGUGACCUGUACCUGACUGUGUGUGAGUGGCCUAGCGACGCUUCCAAGGUCAUCGUGUUUGGUUUCAACACCCGCUCGGCCAACGGGAUGCUCAUGAACAUGAUGAUGAGCGAUGAGAACCACCGUGACAUCUACAUCAGCACUGUGGCUGUGCCACCGCGGGGCCGCUGUGCCGCCUGCCAGGACGCCAGCCGUGCCCACCCGGGGGACCCCAGUGCGCAGUGCCUGCGUCACGGCUUCAUGCUGCACACCAAGUACCAGGUGGUGUACCCCUUCCCCACCUUCCAGCCCGCCUUCCAGCUCAAGAAGGACCAGGUGGUGCUGCUCAACACCAGCUACUCUCUGGUGGCCUGCGCUGUCUCCGUCCACUCAGCAGGUGACAGCAGUUUCUGCCAAAUCUUGUAUGACCACACAGCUUUGCCCCCAGCCCCACCCAGCUCUCCAGGACCUUGGAGCCCUGAGGCCGUCCCUGCCUUCCCCAACCUUGGUGUUGAGGUAGUUCCAUCCCAGCCCUCUGGAGCCCCCGAGCCCUCACCAGCCAUUGCCAAGGCCAAGGAGUUUGUGGCUGACAUCUUCCGAAGGGCCAAAGAGGCCAAGGGUAGCCCCUCGGAGGAAGCUCGACUGCCCUCUGGCCUGGGGCCUUCAAGCAGCCGCUGCCGCCCAUCUUCAGAGCCCCAGGCCCCACGUGGGGAAGUGGUACCCAGGGACAGCCCUCCUUCUGCAGAGACUACUGCCCCUGAACCUGGCUACAUCAAUUACACCAAGUUGCACUAUGUGUUGCAGUCUGGGGAAGGGACAGAGCCUGAGGAUGAGUUUGAGGAUGACAAGAUCUCCCUGCCCUUUGUGGUGACUGAUCUCCGUGGCCGCAACUUACGGCCCAUGCGAGCGCGAACAGACAUGCAGGGCCAGUACCUGACAGUGGAGCAGCUUACCCUGGACUUCGAGUAUGUCAUCAACGAGGUCAUUCGCCAUGAUGCCACCUGGGGUCACCAAUUCUGCUCUUUCAGUGACUAUGACAUAGUCAUCUUGGAGGUCUGCCCAGAAACCAACCAGGUCCUGAUCAACAUUGGCCUGCUACUCUUGGCCUUCCCAGCUCCCACUGAAGAAGGCCAGCUUCGACCCAAAACCUAUCACACCAGUCUCAAGGUGGCCUGGGACCUCAACACGGGCAUCUUUGAGACAGUCAGCGUGGGUGAUCUAACUGAGGUCAAAGGACAGACCAGUGGCAGUGUCUGGAGCUCCUACCGAAAGAGUUGUGUGGACAUGGUCAUGAAAUGGCUGGUGCCAGAGAGCAGUGGCCGCUACGUGAACAGGAUGACUAACGAGGCCCUGCACAAAGGGUGCUCACUGAAGGUUCUGGCGGACAGUGAGCGGUACACUUGGAUUGUGCUGUGAGGGGCUGCACUGCCCUGGACCCUGACUCCAACUACCUCCACGGCCCGGAGAGGACCCUUCCUGGGCUGGCCCUAUGGGGCCACAACCGGCACUAGUGUUAGGUUGCAGGAUGGAUGGGACUGGUGCAGCAGCCUCUGGUGGCCCAAGAGUCUGGAUGUGUUUUUAUUUAUGCCUAUUUAAGUUGGGAAAGGGCGGAGAGAGGAGCCCUUAGGCCUGGCCUGCCCCAGCGACGCCCAGUCCUGCUUCCUGCGCUCUGGCCCCUUUCCUUGGCUGCAAGUGUAGCCCUCUAGGGCGGCCAGUGGGUCCAGCCUCCCUCACCUCAGGUGGGACCCUGUGGUCACCUCGCCUUGUUGUUCAUGUACUAAAUGCUUUAUUUCUGA